AAAAAGAAGAACACACGUUUGAUGGAGUUGCUGCUUAAAAACAUGUCAGCGUAAAAAGAAGACGUAAAUACUAAUUGAGUUAAUUGACUUUAUGACAGCAUGUCAAAUAACUCGGUGACGCCUUCUACUUAUAUUCGUAAACUACGGUACAGUUUGCUGUGCAGGUUGGCCGACUUUUUAGAUCCACAGGACCGAUGGAAAGACGUCAUCACGUCCAUCCGGAAGUCAGAUGGCGACUUUAGGUACUCUCAGCAUCAUGUCAAGCGAUUUGAGAGCCUGGUCACACAGGGGAAGAGUCCCACAGUGGAGCUGCUGCACGACUGGGGCGUGUCCAACUCCACGGUGGGAGAACUUGUGGACAUCCUCAAGAGCCACAAGUUAUUGGCAGCUGCUAGUGUGCUCUUACCUGUGGAAGAGGAUGUUUCCAUGGAGGUGACCCGUGCCUCUUUUGCAACACAAACACUCAGCAGCCUUCCAACUUCUCCAACCAGGAAGCUAAAUGAGACAGAGAAGACUGAGUUAGUGCCUGCUGAGCCGCAACCACGCAUCCAACCGGAGGAGAGUGAACCAAACCUUAAACAAGGUUUCACUAGUUUCUCAUACAACCAGCUGAUGAACAUUACCGGAAACUUUGACGAGCGUCCCGUGUCGGCCGGUGGCCGCAGGCUGGGGGAAGGAGGCUUCGGGACCGUCUUCAAAGGCCUCCUUGGGGACAAAGCUGUGGCGGUGAAAAAGCUCAACCCAGUAGACGACGUCUCACCUGAGGAGCUGCAAACUCAGUUCAACCAAGAGGUCCAAGCGCUGAAAGUGUUGAAACAUGAGAACCUGGUGGACAUGGUGGGAUACUCCUGUGAUGGGCAGUACCCGUGUUUGGUGUACGCCUUCAUGGCCAACGGCUCUCUGUUGGACAGACUGGCAUGUUGGGAAGGAAGUCCUCCUCUGUCCUGGAAACAAAGGUGCUUGAUAGCUAACGGCACAGCGAGAGGUUUGGAUUAUUUGCACAGCAACCAUCACGUCCACAGAGAUGUCAAAAGUGCCAACAUCCUGCUGGAUGAAAACCUAGCGGCCAAAAUCUCAGAUUUCGGACUGACGAGAGCCUCGGCUAAGCGCACAGCAACGACCGUGAUGACAGAGAGGAUUGUGGGUACCUGCGCGUACAUGGCACCCGAGGCGCUGAGGGGGGAAAUUUCGCCGAAAUCUGACAUCUUUAGCUUCGGAGUGGUGCUGUUAGAAAUCCUGUCUGGACUUUCUCCAGCAGAUGAAAACCGCGAGCCCCAGUUUUUGAUGGACAUGAGGUAUGACAUCGAUGACGAAGACGAGGACCUCACCCUAGAGGCCUUUGUGGACAAGAGGAUGAGUGACUGGGACUUGAGCCUGGCGGAGAGCGUCUACGUUUUGGCCAGCAGCUGUCUCCACGAGAGGAAGAACAGGCGGCCGCUCGUCUCGCAGGUGGUGUCUGAGCUGAAGGGAGUUGUCAAGACCCUUUCGCUGGAAUCCUACGCUUAGGACUGAAACACAAGGUGGUGUCAGUCAUUGGUCAAGACACACCUUGGACUGAAACUCAAUCAGGAUGUAUACAGGUGGUGAAAAGUCCAUUCAUGUCAGCCAUUCAGCUUCAACUGUGAAAAUAUGUGCCAUGAACUCAGUACAUGCAAAGUGAACUAUGUCAAGCUUUUGUCGUUUUGAUGAUCAUGGCUGACGGUUUUUGAAAACCUAAGAUUUUCAUAAGCUGUAAGUCAAAAUGAUAUGGAAAGUCUUGAAAUAUAUUGAGCUGCAUGUUAUGAGCCUGUGUCAUAUAUUAGCACCUUAUAAGUGUAAACAUACCUAAGGGCAACUAUUUUUGAGGUAUGCCCUGUAUAUACAAUUGCAAACUGGACUGACAAAGAACACAAGGAGUGCGACUCCAUGUCCAGCUGAUGUGCAAUUUAAAUAUUUUAUUUUCCUUAAAAAGAAAGAUCUGUAAGAAAACAAAUAAGACCAAACUUGUCUACUUCUAAUGACACUGGAUGAUUACAAGAUGAGGUGUCGUAGUCGUUAGCCUAAUAAUGGUGAUCAGUAGACGAGUGUCUGUGGUGACAUUUUGGAUAAAUUCCCUUUCCUACGCCUCUUAUUUCUUUCUCUUAUUCACACAGCUUCCUCUGCGGCAAAUCAUUUACAUGAAUGAAAUAUUUCUGGAAGCCCCGUGUUCAAUUCCACUGUGAUCCUCGACGACAUCACCGCCAGAAAACAGACACACACACACACACACACAACUACAAUAUGUACAUUUACAGCACUUGCAUAGAAAAAUAUGUUUCUCAGCAGAUGAUUUUUUGUUUUUUUCACUCAUGCUCUCAAUGUAAACCACAGUUAUAUAUAUAUAAAAAAAUGCAAUAUAAAAUGUAAUUAUGA